UGGCAUUAUCUUAAUCUAUGGCUGCGAGUUCCAGAGGAUUGGCGACUCAGCUCGAGUUCAAGCACCUCAAGCUCCAUGUCUCCCAUGGACUGACACCGAGUAAAAGAAAGAGAUUGUACUUUCAACGUGGUCGACUCAUUAUGUUGAGUCGAAUUAGUUGCUGCUGCUCCGACCCCGUUGUCCCGAUCCGGAGCGCCACCGCUUCGGGCAAGAGCAAUGAGAAGUCGGAGGACUGGCGGUUCGACUCCAAAAAAAGCCCUCAUAGGGUCCGAGUCCAGGCCUCUCCUGCAAUGCCGUUUGCUUCGGCUCAAUCUCGAUUUCCUUCUAAACAAGAAAAGUUCUACCCUCGGUGCACCCCCCGAAAUUCUGGUCCUCAGUCUCGCGAUACUCCCCCAAAAAGAGACACUGGUAUUGCAAAUGAGAAGGACUGGGGCAUUAGCUUGUUAAAUGAGAAUGUUAAUGAGUCUGGCACAAAUGAAGAUGGCAGUAGCUGGUAUCGAGAAAGUGGGGAGGACCUUGGUGAAAAUGGAUACCGGUGUAGAUGGACAAGGAUGGGUGGUCAAUCCCAUGAUGGUUCCUCAGAAUGGAAGGAAACGUGGUGGGAGAAAAGUGACUGGAGUGGAUACAAAGAGCUAGGUGUUGAGAAAUCUGGAAGAAAUGCUGAAGGAGAUUCAUGGUGGGAAACAUGGCAAGAAGUCCUUCAUCAAGAUGAAUGGAGUAAUUUAGCAAGGAUAGAGAGGAGUGCUCAGAAGCAAGCAAAAUCUGGCACUGAAGAUGCUGGUUGGUAUGAGAAAUGGUGGGAAAAGUAUGAUGCCAAAGGCUGGACAGAAAAAGGGGCACACAAGUAUGGUAGACUGAAUGAACAGUCAUGGUGGGAGAAGUGGGGAGAGCAUUAUGAUGGAAGUGGAUCUGUUCUCAAAUGGACAGAUAAAUGGGCUGAGACUGAAUUGGGAACUAAAUGGGGAGAUAAGUGGGAAGAGAAGUUUUUUGCUGGCAUUGGAGCACGGCAAGGGGAGACAUGGCAUGUAUCUCCGAGUGGUGAUCGUUGGUCAAGAACAUGGGGUGAGGAGCAUUUCGGCAAUGGAAAAGUUCACAAAUAUGGGAAGAGCACAACUAGUGAAAGCUGGGAUAUAGUUGUUGAUGAGGAGACUUAUUAUGAGGCUGAACCUCAUUAUGGGUGGGCAGAUGUCGUGGGCGACUCAAGCCAGUUACUAAGCAUCCAACCUCGGGCGAGGCCGCCUGGUGUCUACCCAAACCUUGAUUUUGGGUCCUCACCACCUCAAGAUGAUGAACAACCUGACAUGCUGCCUCCCUCUUGACAAUGAGGAGUUGUUUUUUUAACCCCCUUCCUUUUGCUUUAGGUGGUUUAAAUUAAUUAAUCUCAAUCAUUUUGGUUGAAACUUGUAACGGAACAUUUUGGAUUACUGCUGUUCCAUUUAUUCAUUCUUUCAAUUGUCAGCGCAUCCCACGUUUGGCGAUUCUGCUGAGGUAAUUCCAAAAAUGCCUGGGUAGGUAUGAUUUAGAUUCGAAAGGUAAUUAUCUUAGGAUCGUUGUUUCGUUUAUUCUGUUUAGGGUUUUAAUUAUUAUUUAAGCAUGAAAAGCAAAAUUAUGUCAGAUCUCGGUAGAAAAACAUAGUUGGGUGACAUAUGUGAGUCAAGGUGCAAUGUGCAUCCCUCACAAAUAUUUGGGUUUGCUAGGAUUUGACUGUGACUCUGACAUUUUGUUAAAUUAAUCUACAGGGUCAAGCGUAGGCCUCAAGUACUUUACCAGAUCAUGUAAUAGACCAAAAUAAGUGUCAGAAAAGUUGAUUCGGACCAUCUGACCAGGCUUUAAUCGGUCCGUAUUGUCGUCCAAUUAAAUUGUCUAGAUGGCGAGACUGGGAUUUUGAAGAGCUUACGGGCGCCCAUAUUGGGCCCAAAAAUAAUACAUGUCUGUCGGUCUAUAUGGGCAUCAAAUAUUUGGAUUGUACAUUUCCAUGGGCCUUUCUUGGAGCAUACUAGUAAAAGUUGGUUCAAAUCAUUGGCCUUUGUUCUAAGGUUGCCCAACCUUACCCCUUACUGGGUCAAUGUUGGCCCAAUUUUUGGUUACUUUGUGUCAAAGUAAGACCCAAUAUUGGGCUUAUGGCUCCUACUUAGGGAGUGAAAAUUGGGUUCAAUCUUAUCAGGCCUCAUUUAAGGUUCGAUCCAAUCUUUAGCCUUAAGUAGUUGGGCCCGGCUUUGGUUUUUAUCACAACUCUUGCCCAACCUUAGCUUCGGGGGGCAAAGUGGGGCUUAACUAGGGCUUCUCUAGGUCAAGGUGGUCAAUUUGGGCCUUUUUGGACUGUACAGGCCUUAAGUGGAGCCAUAAUCAGUCAAUGUUUGGUCAAAAGCAGGGCCUUAGUGGAUGUACAUAGGCUCAAUUUGGGCCUACUCUUGGGCUUCAUCUGGUCUAAGUGUAGCGGAAAUUUAGUUGUACGGGCUAUUAGUUGGGCCUAAACUUGGGCCACAAUUAGUCAAUGUUUGGUCCAAAGCUGGCUCUUAGUGAUAAACAUGAACUCAAUUUGGGCCGAUUAUUAGGCUUCACUUGUUCAAAGUCCAAUUUUUCUUUACGCUUAAAUUGGGCCUAAACUUGGGCCAAAAAGUCAAAUGUUUGGUCAAAAGCUGGGUUUUAAUGAAUCUACAUGAGUUCAAUUUGGGCCUACACUUGGGCUUUACAGGGUUAAAGUUGGCUUAACUUUUUUGUUUGGUCAAAUGUUGGGCUUAAUAAUGAGCUCAAUUUGGGCCUACUUUUGGGCUUCACCUGGUCAAACUUAGUCCCAACUUUUUUUCUAAGAGCCUAUGUUGUGCCUAAACUGUGACCAAACUUCAUCCUAUUUUUGGGCCGAGAGCUUUUUGGGUUGACAGGCAUGAACAGACCAAACUGCAAAUCCCCUUAGAUCACCCAUUGGGCAAGGAGGUUUUUUGAGUAGACGGGCCCGUAGAGCUCACACUGCCAAAUUAGGAGCCCAACUUCCAAUUAUUUAUUAUUAUUAUUAUUUUCCAUUAAUGGACGAGCCUUGCCCCUCGGACGAGCCAAUUAAUCAGCCGAAUGCUAAUUUCAGUCCAUAUCAUCGAUAAGAAAAAAAUUGGCCUUAAGGAGCUAACUCGGGCCUGAUAUUGGCCCAAACCAUUCUUCCAACUAAAUGAAAAGUGCCGAAGUUAAUCUUAAAACAAU